CCUGACUAUAAUUUUAUAUAUGUUUAUCACUGAAUUAUGUAUUUAACACAUUUUUGGCGGUUAAAAGAAAAAAAGCGAGAUAGAGCAAAAAUGAUUAUUGAACUUAAGUUUUCUCUGUAUCUCGACUCUAACUUAAAAUUAUUUCAAAAUAUUAUUUUGAAAUGAAAAUAACAUAGUUUUAAUUUAUGGAUAACUAUUUGUAAUUGUUAAUGAAUCUUAUUUGUUAUUAAUGUUUGACAUUUUUAUAAAUUUUGAAUAAUGAGUAAUUGAUUUCAUGAAACUAUUUGAUUUAUAAUUAUCUUAAAAAUUAUGGGAAUUCAAGGUUUGAUACCAUUUCUUGAAAAAUCUUCAAAACCUAUUAAUAUUUCCGAUUAUUCAGGAUGCACCGUUGCAGUUGAUGCCUAUUGUUGGCUACAUAAGGGUGUUUUUAUUUGUGCUGAUAAAUUAGCACGAGGAGAAGAUAAUCUUGCGUAUGUUAAUUAUUGUAUGAGAUAUGUAACUAUGCUGCUAUCUAAAAACAUUAAACCUAUACUAGUGUUUGAUGGACAACACUUGCCUGCAAAAGCUGAAACAGAAUCCAAAAGAAGAAUGUUAAGAGACCAAAAUAAAAAAAAAGCUGCUGAAUUAUUGCGCUUAGAUAGAGGAAAAGAAGCAAUAUCAUUAUUGAAGCGCAGUGUUGAUGUAACUCAUAAAAUGGCUCUCAAUUUAAUUAAACAGUGUAGAGAAAUAAAUGUUGAUUGCAUAGUAGCACCAUAUGAAGCAGAUCCACAAUUAGCUUAUUUAAAUAUAAGUGGUAUUGCUCAUUUAGUAAUAACAGAAGAUUCUGAUCUUUUGUUAUUUGGCUGUAAAAAAGUAUUAUUUAAAAUGGAUCAAAAUGGUGGAGGUUUAUUAAUUGAACAAGACAAACUUUACCUUUCAAUGAACAUCCGUCCUGAUCAAUUUACCAUGGACAAAUUCCGUUACAUGUGCAUAUUAUCAGGUUGUGAUUACUUACCAUCUAUAAGUGGAGUUGGUUUAAGUAAAGCUCGUCAAUUUAUUACUAGAAUUAGUGAACCUGAUAUUUAUAAAGCUCUUAUUAAACUUGGCCCAUUUUUAAACAUUAAAGUUCCUUUAGAAUAUCGGGAUCAAUUCUUAGAUGCUAAUUGUAUGUUUCUUUAUCAACCAAUUUAUGAUCCUUUAUCUCGUAAAAUAAAACCAUUAAAUGAAAUUCCGGACUCACAAAAAAGUGUAUUAUCUAGUAAAUUAACUAAUUCUGAAGCCUUUCAACUUGCAAUUGGAAAUGUUGAUCCAAUUUCAUUACAUGUCAUGGAUGAUUGGAAUCCUGAUGUCAAACAAAACUUCAAAAAGUCUUCUUUAUUAUCUCGUCAUAAAAGUAUUUGGUCACAAGAUUUUCAGUCAACUGAAUUAAACUUUGGGUCAUCAAGUUCAACAUCUCUUAAUAAUUUAUGUUCAAUUCCUACUAGAGCCAAAAUAUCAGCAUCUAGUCCAACAUCCAAAACUUUUCAAAAAUUUUCUAACACCAGUUCCAUUUUAACUAAAAAAAUUCCAGUAAAUGAAAGUGAUAUCUUAAACACCUUGGAGGAAAUUUAUGAAACUGAAAAAACUGAAAUAAAUCCCGUUUUAAAGAUAAAAAAAAGUCCUAUUAUGAAGAGUGAACGUAACAAUGAACAUUUUCUUAUAAAUAUAAAUACAAAGUUAAACUCUAAAAAUAAAGAAUAUGAACCUGAAGUCUUAACUGGCUUAAAGAAAUUAGCAAAGAGAAAAUAUACUGUUUUAAAUACAGAAAAAGAAGUUGUUAGUGGGUAUUUUUCAUCUCAAGGUUCAACUAAAACCCAAAAUUAUAUUAAUCCAUUUAAAUGUCGUAAAAUUGAUGAAUCUAUUAUAAAAAUUUCCUCAAAUUCUGAAGAAACAAAUAGUUUAUGUUUAAAAUCCUCUGUUGAUGAAUAUGAAUCAAAAUGUGACAAUCAUAUUAUUGUUAAUAAUAUUGAAAAAAGUCCUUAUGAUGAUAUUUCACAGGCUGGUACAAAUUCCAUUAAAAGUGAUAAAAUUAACAAUUUCAAUCAAUCAAACAUUAAAGAAAUUGAAAAUUUAAUUUUUGAUUUUAAACCUUCUUUAAAUAGUACUCAAUCAAUUAUCAAGUCUCCUCAGUUUGCUGAUAAUGAUGUAGAUGAAGGCUUUUGUAGUCAAACUGCUAAAGUGUCUUUUGAAAUGAAGCCAAAAAUAUAUUCCACGCCAAAAAAUGUCAAACAAUCGUAUCCUAGGCAAGGGCUUUCCAAAAAUUCCAUAAAAACUGGUCAAACUUUGCUUUCUAAAUUUGGAUUUAAAACUGCUGAUCAAUUGAAACCUUAAUAAAUAAAAUGACUUACUAAUUUUUCAAGACUGACUUAGAUUUACCACCUCCAAAUGGUAAUUGAUGAAUUUGAUCAAUUAUUUUCCAAUAUUUUUUGUUAAAAUAAUUUUAGUUUUACUUGAUAUUUAUAAUUUAAUUAUGUACAAAAAUAUAUUACAUUGAUUUUUUUUUAAUUUA